AUGGCGGACCUGGGCCGGCAGCUGCACGAGUACCUCGCGCAGUCCAAGGCUGCUGCUGCUGCCACCGGCCCCAGCGCGGUCCCCGCACCGCCGGCCGCUGGCAGCUCGCAGGAGGAGGCGGGGGACGGCGGCGGGCUGCGGGCCUGGCUGGGGGCGCUGAACCCGUUCCCGCCGGGUACUCCCCCAGGCGCCACGGUGUGGCCUUGGACGGGAGAGGAGGACCCGUGGCUGCCGGGGCUGUCGCGCUGGCAGCGGCUGGCGGGCAGCGGGCUGUGCGUGCUUCUGGCCGCGCUGUGCUUCGGGCUGGCCGCGCUGUGCGUGCCGCUGCUGCUGCUGCGCGCCCGCAAGUUCGCGCUGCUCUGGUCGCUGGGCUCGCUGUGCGCGCUGGGCGCCGCCGCGCUGCUGCGCGGGCCCGCCCGGCUGCUGCGGGAGCCCGGCCGCGGGGCGCUGCUGUACCUCGGGGCGCUGUUCGGGACGCUGUACGCCGCGCUGGGGCUGCGCAGCACCGCGCUGACAGCGCUGGGCGCCGCCGCGCAGCUCGGUAUCGCCGCCGCCGCGCUCCUGGCCGCGCUGCCCGGCGGUGCCGCCGGCCUGCGCCGCCUCGCCGGGCUGCUCCGCGCCGCCGUGUGCGGCCGAGGCAAGGCUCUGCCGCUGUGA